AUGUGCCGGACCCUGUCCGCCUUCCCCACCACCUGCCUGGAGAGAGCCAAAGAGUUCAAGACCCGGCUGGGGAUCUUUCUUCACAAAUCAGACCUCAGCUCCGAUGCUGGCAAGUCUGAGGGGAACAGCAAACACAGCAAAGAGCGAAACUUCUCAGAAGAUGUGCUGGGAUGGAGAGAGUCGUUCGACAUGCUGCUGAGCAGUAAAAACGGGGUGGCUGCCUUCCAUGCUUUCCUGAAGACGGAGUUCAGCGAGGAGAACCUAGAAUUCUGGCUGGCCUGUGAGGAGUUCAAGAAGAUCCGGUCGGCCACCAAGCUGGCCUCCCGGGCGCACAGGAUCUUUGAGGAGUUCAUCGGCAGCGAAGCCCCCAAAGAGGUGAACAUAGACCACGAGACCAGGGAGCUGACCAGGACCAACCUGCAGGCUGCCACGGCCACCUGCUUCGACGUGGCUCAGGGGAAGACACGCAUCCUGAUGGAAAAAGACUCCUACCCACGCUUCCUGAAGUCCCCCGCAUACCACGACCUGGCUGCCCAAGCCUCGGCCACCGGCGCCUCUCCUUGCAGCUGCAACUGCAACUCAGCAGAGCCCUCACACACCUGA